UUCACUUUCGAAUUCUUCGUCACGUAGCCUAAAGUACAAGGAACUUAUCCUUGACGUUUUGUUAGUCGCAUUCGUCAUUUUGAAAAGCCUUAGCACUUAAACUAUAGAAUAUAAUUAGAAUAUACUUUAUUCACUUUAAUACGUAAUGGCUCUUUUCCAAGUAACUGGUUUUAAGCCGUAUGCUGAACUCCGUGGGCAGAUUCUUCCAGCAGGACAGACGCAUCUCGUCGACCGGACCAACCACUACGAUUUCGGGACCAAAACUCACGAAUUCGCUUUGCCUGUGGGCGUAGACCCUUCAGGGUUUCUCAAGUCCUGCAACCGUGACGGAGGUGUGAGUAUAGACCUGAACCACGGUACGACCACCCUGGCCUUCAAGUUCAGACAUGGAGUCAUCGUGGCUGUGGACUCUAGAGCCUCAGCUGGCCGUUACUUAGCAUCCAAUGAUGUCAACAAGGUCAUAGAGAUCAACCCCUACCUGCUUGGCACCAUGUCAGGCAGCGCUGCAGACUGCCAGUACUGGGAGAGACUGCUGGCCAAAGAAUGCAGGCUGUACAGGCUGAGGAACAACCACAGGAUCUCUGUGGCUGCUGCUUCCAAGCUGCUGUGUAACAUGAUGCUGGGUUACAGAGGCAUGGGCCUCUCUAUGGGGAGCAUGAUCUGUGGAUGGGACAAAGAGGGCCCUGGUCUGUACUAUGUGGACGAUAAUGGGACGCGUCUGUCUGGCUGUAUGUUCUCCACCGGCUGUGGCAGCAGUUACGCCUACGGUGUGGUGGACAGCGGUUACCGGGACGACAUGACGGUGGAGGAGGCGUAUGAACUUGGCCGUCGGGGCAUCGUUCACGCUACACACAGGGACGCUUACUCUGGCGGGGUGGUCAACAUGUACCACAUGCAGGAGGAUGGCUGGAUAAAGGUGUGUAAGGAAGAUGUGUCACAGUUGAUCCACCGCUACAGGAAGGGAAUGUUCUGAGUUUCACCUCUACACCCAGAUCAUCCUCAGCACUUGGAAUAACUUUUUCUUGUUAAUUAUUUCAAGUUAUUUUUACAAAAUCAUCUUGAAAUAGUUUAUUUGGAUUUUCUUACAGCAGAGAAAGGAAGUGUGUGAUCUGUUUCUGAUUUUGGAUGAAUGAAAUGUCAAAGUAUGAAAUGCUACGUAGAACCAUUUCCAUUUCUUUAGCUACAUAUGAAGCUAAACUUAGCACAAUCACUUUUUAAUUCAAUUGUUUAGACUUUGUUUGGUUAUUGUUCUUCAUAGAGUGUAAUGCAGCCACUGUGUAUGUUGAUGCGUACAUGGUUCUGUGUAGUAUUUUGUGGUUUAUGCUAACCUGACAUCCUGUUAAAAUAAUCUUUACCAAUACAACAUACAGAACCAAAUAAAGACUGUUGUUCAUCUCA